UGUGUACGUAGGAACACGCUCAGUAUUUUCUAUAUAUUUACCAAGGUACCUGGAUAUUUAUUGCCGUCUUACUUCCAUAAGUUCCACCAGCUCCGGAUAUAUCAACUCCAAAUCAUACGAUAUAACACAACCACCACAACAUCCAUCUCGAGACCAUCCGAUCCAACCGUCCAAUCUCCUCAUUCCCCGCAAAGGAGUCAUUUAUCCUUUCUCAUACCCGUCCCUCUUGGUCGAAACUUCGAGCUUCUUCCUCCCAACAAACACCAAGCCCGUCUAGACCAACCUCAUCCCAUCACACCACCUCACCACACCCCAUCGCAUCCGAACGACCCCGACCGCAACCCCGCAAAACGCACCCCAUACAAUCCACAUACAUACAUAACAAUAUAAAAAGCCCACGAUGGACCACCUCCCCCUCCCCCCUUCAACCGGCACAUUCACCCCCUCAACCCCCUCCUGCCUAACACCAAACACGCGCUCCGAAGCCGAAGCCCAACUCACUCUAAACACCGCCUCGCAAACCGACAGCGCAGCACCCACAACACCCUUACCAUACCGCUCUAACCCUUUCACCACCUCUACAACAACAAUGGCCACCCCCAACCCACCACCCAACAUGUCAGAAGCCCAAUCCGCCUACCACGACGCCGCCUCCACAGCCGCGACAUCGCAGUCCCCAACAACCAGCUCGUCGAACUACGAAGCCGCGCUCCUCCACCACCACAGCCAACACCGAAAACAAUCCACCACCUCCACCGCCUCCACAACUUCCUCAACCUACUCCCCCUCAUCCCCAAUAUCGUCAUUCACCACCCGGCCGUUUCCAGAGCCGGGCCAGGGCGUCGUCCCGCUGCAUACUGGCGUCAAUGCGCAGACCGAGCAGCAGCAGCAGCAGCAGUUGAAGAGGACGAGGCCGGCUGGGGGAUUGAGUCUCGGGGAGCUGGGGAGGAAGCAGAGUUGGAGUGCGCAGGAUAUGAGACAUGAGGUUUAUGAGGGGAGGCUGCUGGCGCCGGCGGAUGCGGGUGGGGUCCAGGAUGCGGGGUAUAGUAGUGGGACGGAGGGGAGGGCUGUUGGGCCUUGAAGAGUUGAUGUUCUUUUGAGAGGAAGUUUCGUGUCGUUGAUGCUUGAAGAAGGGAGAGCUGCUUUUUUGCUUCCUUUUCUUCUUAAAUGUUUGGGUUACUUGUGUGGUGGAUGUUUGGGUUCGUUAUGACCUGAUACGAUACAUGUCAUUUGGCGUUGGGUUGGGAGUUAUAGGAAAAAUAUCUCGAGAAAAGGGAAGUCGCUUGUCUACUGUACAUGAUCACUGGCGAUAUU